CGUUGCUUCUAGCAGUCCGCACAGUUCGCAUCCAGACUUCGAGCAGAGCGGCAGCAGUUGCAGAUAGAGAUACAAGUCCAGAUAGAGAUUCAGAUAGAGUGUGAGCUACAGAUACGGAUACCAGGGACCUGGAACCAGUGACCAGAUUGAGAUACAAGUCCAGCAGAUACAGUUGCAAAAUGCCGUUCCCCAUCCAUCCGCCCAAGCAAAUGCCCUGCCCCCACUGGCAGCACUUCCCCAUCAGUCCGGUGGACAGCAAGCCGAAUCCCUUCGAUACCGUGGGCGGAGCAGCGGCCGCCGCCCAGGCGUCCCAGGGCAACAACAAGCCGCCGGAGCCGGUCUCCUACCGAUAUUGUCUGCAGUGCAAGACGUCCGGCAAGGAGGUGGCCAACGGCAACUCCUCCGACCGGGAGUGAACACUGGAAGAUGGGGAAAAAUCACCCAAACUCAAAAACACUCUACUUCACCCUCAACAGCCACCCGUUGAAAAGGUGACAUUGCACUGGAGUACUCCGAAAGUAAUCAGCAAAGUAAUCAAUGAAAUAAUCAGCCAUCACCUGUAAUCAAUCCACUUACCAGAGGACAAUGGAAUCACUAGCUUUCCCCGCACGAGUGCUUAAAAAAUAAAACAAAUACAAAAAAAUUAAUACAUAAAAAUAAAAACACAAAAUAUUUAAUGAUAUUUAAACUAAAACAAAAAUGAGAAAAAAUUCAACAAGAAUUAUGACAUUUUUUUUUUGUUCUGUGCAUGAGAAACCUUAAAUAUGGUUCUUAAUUUUUUUCAAAUGAGAGCUGAAGAAGAAUUUAAAAAUCCAAAAAUAUAUUUUUUUGUUUGUGAAAAAAAGAGAACCCUUAGUUAUUAUUUAACUUAAGCACAUGUUCCAUUUUAAAUAUUUUUUUUGAUCAAGUGUUUUUUGUUUUAAUUUCGUCUCUAUACUUAAUUUAAGAGUUUUUUGUACGUAUCUAUCUAAGUUGUAUUUAGAGCUAAAGACUACAGUUUAUGAUAUUUUUUGAUAUAACCUAUAUACAUAUAUAAAUAAAUAUCUGUAUAAGAAGCGCUAAUAAACGCACGACGCAUUUUAAAAAACGAGUUCUACACAAAUACAAAAAUACUUCAUAUACCCAUAGAAUA